UUCUUCUUCUUCUUCUUCUUCUUCUGUGCAGGAUGUCAGGUAACUGGUCCGUAAAGACGAUGUCAUCACUGGCCCCACCCACAGGUUACGUAGCCCCACCCCCUCCCAACAUCUCCCAGUUUCCCCCUCUGGCAGACUGGGAGGCUCCAAGCUUCACCCGGGCUGCUCAGUUCCGUGUCGGCGCCACAUUCGCCCUCUUCCUGUUUGCCGCCUGCAGCAACCUUGCCCUGUUGGCCAGCGUGUGGCGUGGCAGGCGGCUGGCGUCUCACCUGCGGCCGCUGAUGUUGAGUCUGGCGUCGGCCGACCUGAUGAUGACGUUCGUGGUGAUGCCUCUGGACGCGGUGUGGAAUGUGACGGUGCAGUGGUACGGCGGAGACGCACUCUGUAAGCUUCUCUGCUUCCUGAAGCUGUUUGCCAUGCACGCCUCUGCCUUCAUCCUCGUGGUCAUCAGCCUCGACCGCCAACACGCCAUCUUGCACCCGCUGGACGCUCUGAGCGCGCACCGCAGGAACCGGCGCAUGCUGCUGCUGGCCUGGGGCCUCAGCCUGCUGCUGGCAUCCCCACAGCUGUUUAUCUUCCGGGCGAUCAGGGUGGAGAACGUGGACUUCACUCAGUGUGCGUCUCAUGGCAGCUUCAGCCGGCGUUGGCAGGAGACCGUGUACAACAUGUUUCACUUCACCACGCUGUACGUCUUCCCCCUGCUGGUGAUGAGCUGCUGCUACAGCCGCAUCCUGCUGCACAUCCACCUGCAGCACCUGAGAGAAAAAGCAGGUGAGUCAUACCUGCGUCGCAGUGGCACUGACAUCAUUCCCAAGGCUCGGAUGAAGACUCUGAAGAUGACGGUGGUCAUCGUGCUGUCCUUUGUGGUGUGCUGGACUCCGUACUACCUGCUGGGGAUCUGGUACUGGUUCCAGCCUGACAUGCUGCGUGUCACACCUGAGUACGUCCACCACGCUCUCUUUGUGUUCGGCAACCUGAACACCUGCUGCGACCCCGUCAUCUAUGGCUUCUACACGCCGUCCUUCAGGGCCGACCUCUCCGCCUGCUGCCGCAGGACGAGGAGCAACGCUUCGCUGCGAUCUCCAGACCGACUGUCCGCCGGGCAGGGACAGCACGGCAGAGAACAUGAGGCGGACCCCGCAGCUAACAACCAGGGAGCAGGACACUAACAGAAACCAGUCAGAAGAAAUUAUGUCACAUUUUGUACCUGAACUCUGCAAGAGUGUGAAAACCUGAACUGGAUCAGCUGGAGGUGGAUCAGGGCUCUGACUGUCCACAUGCCCGUCUGUGGUUUCAGAAUCAGAAUCAGAAUUCCUUUAUUAAUCCCUGGAGGGAAAUUCUUGUGCGUCUGUAACAGGCUGCACACGUAUCGACGCAUGCGCACUGUUUAACUUCUCAGCUGGCUGCAGUGAUGGACGAUGGACCAGUACACUGUGACAUCACUGCUGGGUGUGGUUACAGAUCAUUUCUAUAAUUAGGUUAAUGAUGAUGAACUGUUUUGUGGACUGCCACAGCAGAAUGAGCGGAACGUGUCCUCCUUCUUCAGCUGCCGUCUCUCACAAAAGCAUCUGAAACUCAUCCGAAAUAAUGAAUCUGAUUAAAGUUGGAGCCGACAGCAUGCCAGUCUGA